AUGAAAUAUGAAAUAAACGGUACUCAAAUUCAAAAACUUGUCAAUCCAGGAAUAACGACAACAUUAAAAGGAUAUUGUUCGUACAAUAAAACAAAUAUUUCUUCACAUCAAAACGCUGUCUGGGAUAGUGAUUUUAAAAAUCAACUCAUAUUGAAUAGAGCAUCGAUAGAUUUAAAUGUUAUAAAACAGUAUAAAAAUAAUGAGGUAGUGGACGCUCCUAAACUAAAAGAUGUUAAAAUAAACAUAACAAAAAUAUUGUGGCGGAUGCCUAUAGUGAAAGUGAGUGAUAGAGAAAAAAUCCGACUGUUGAAAGUAGUCAACAAUCAGAAACCCCUAACGUGUGCGUUUAGAAUGGUUAGAUCUGGGGAAUUGUGUGAAUAUCCGUUUUUACCUCAAAACACUUCACAUUCUUGGAAAGUAAAGACUUCCAACAAGUUAGAAAAACCUAGAUAUGUCAUAAUCGGUUUUCAAACUGACAGAAAAAAUAGUUCAAAUUUUCAAAGUGACUUUAACAAAAAUAAGAUGGCGACAUUAUACCGCGCGUAUGCCAAGUUUCAAAAAUCUUACUAUGGUCACGACGAUGAAACACCUCUAUUGAACCGAUCAGAAUUCAAAAGUAUCUCUCCAAUCAUAGUUGUUGACAUGAGCCAACAGAACGACAACGUGAAAAUGUCGACAGUGGACCUCAGAAUUGAAUUAGAAGCUGAUGAAGCGUUCCCGGCUUCAACUUCAGCAUAUUCGGCGUGGGGUGAAGAGCAUAAGUUGCUCGAUCAGAUGGUUCGAGGGUAG